GGAAGGAACACUCGGGGAGACAAGAAGGGAAGCGAGGAGGACCAGAGGGAGAGCCGGGACUCUCGGGGGACCGAGGGCCAAUCGGUGGGAGCUGGGGAUGGUGCGUCCCUCAUUUAUUUGGGCAAGCCCGAUGAAAAGAGUAUUGAUGCAUCUUCUUCCAGCCCAGUAAGUCAUGGAGAGGAAAAACCCACCCAGAGAGAGCCCCAGAAGACUCUCAGCCAAAGUAGGCAAAGGCACAGAAAUGAAGAAAGUCGCUCGGCAACUCGGCUUGGCAGCUGCUGAGUCAGAUAAGGACUCUGGAUUUUCAGAUGGGAGCUCAGAAUGUCUGAGCUCAGCAGAGCAGAUGGAGUCCGAGGACAUGCUGAGUGCCUUAGGCUGGAGCCGAGAAGACAGGCCAAGGCAGAACUCCAAGCCUGCGAGCAAUGUCUUCCCCACACUGUCCCCCAUGGUCGUCAUGAAGAAUGUGCUGGUCAAACAGGGCAGCAGCUCCUCGCAGCUCCAAUCGUGGACGGUCCAGCCCUCCUUUGAAGUGAUCUCAGCACAGCCACAGCUUCUCUUCCUUCACCCGCCGGUGCCAUCUCCUGUCAGCCCGUGUCACACUGGCGAGAAAAAGUCGGACUCCAGGAACUACUUGCCCAUUCUAAAUUCUUACACCAAAAUCGCUCCACACCCAGGCAAAAGGGGCCUUUCCCUUGGCCCAGGAGAAAGAGGAGAAAGUGUAAUGCAGAAGAAAAUCUGCACUGAGAGACUCGGGCCGAGCUUGUCUUCCAGUGAGCCAACCAAGACGGGUGCUGUGCCAUCCAGUCCCCCAACUCCAGCCCCCCCCAGCGCCAAGCUUGCUGAGGACUCCGCUCUGCAGGGGGUGCCCUCCCUGGUGGCAGGUGGAAGUCCACAGACUCUUCAGCCGGUCUCUAGCAGCCACGUGGCUAAAGCUCCCAGCUUGACCUUUGCUUCUCCUGCCAGUCCUGUCUGCGCAUCAGACAGUACUCUGCACGGAUUAGAGAGCAAUUCCCCGCUUUCACCCCUUUCCGCUAAUUAUAGCUCACCUCUGUGGGCCGCUGAGCACCUCUGCCGCAGCCCUGGUAUCUUUUCAGAGCAGCGGCAGAACAAACACAGGCGCUUCCAGAAUACCCUUGUCGUCCUUCACAAAUCCGGUUUGCUGGAGAUCACUUUGAAAACCAAGGAGUUGAUUCGUCAGAAUCAGGCGACUCAGGUAGAACUAGACCAGCUCAAGGAGCAGACCCAGCUGUUUCUAGAGGCUGCCAAGAGCAGGGCUCCCCAGGCUUGGGCCAAGCUGCAGGCAUCUUUAACACCUGGUUCUAGUCAUACAGGCAGUGACCUGGAAGCAUUCUCGGAUCACCCAGACAUAUAACACAGAAGGCAUAUUUUCCUAUUACUUGAGUGGUUCUUUUUAACUCUUUUAUUUGCUGUUAUCUUACUCCUAUUUCCCAAAGCUUAUGUCAGAGCUUUUCCUCCCUAACUUAAAUUGUUCAGCAGCUCACUUAUGAAGCCAUUUAUGAAGUACCUGGCUACUGUCUUAACCUAUGGUCUUUGCACGGUCUACAUGUCUCCACUCCAUAGAGGACCUCAGAUUCAGAGUGUCCCUGAGUCCCUUCUCCUUAGCCUACAGGCACUGAGUGGGUCACGGGGCAGAGCAGGAGAGGUGACUGUGUGGGGCUCUUACAGCUGUCACCUCCCACUGUCCCACUCAGCGUGUGAUCACAGGUGCAGUGAUGUGGAUAAGAGCACAGAGUGACACCUGUCAAGCCAGGGAGUAGGUGACAUAAUGAUCCCUAGAACGUCUUAAUCACAGAGAAAAUUAAGAGGAGGUGUGAGCCUUUCAUAAGAAUCUGCCAUUUGGGCGAAGCUGACGUGCUCCGGGCACAGGUUGGGUGCAGCAAACAAGCACUUAGUCACUUAAAAAGCUUUGUUUCCUUAAACUUGAAAGUCAAGAGGUAAAUGUAGUACCAUUAGCUCUUACACUUCAGCCACAUGCCAGAUUCCCUUUAAACUGGUCAGCAAAAUACUUCAGAUUGUUACAGUAUGGAAUGGAUUCAGUACCACCUAAAAUUAGAGUUGAUAAUUCUUUCUUGACAUAGAGUCUGAAGAAAGUAGGCACAGCCAGCAUCUCUUCAUCAGGAGCUGGAAGAUUCUGGUAAUUUAUACUUUUCCCCCCUCUCUUCUUUGGAAUCAGUGUGACCUGUUUUAUGUGUGAAAAGUUUAAAGAGAGCUUCACGGUUCUGAGGGUUCUGAGAGAGUAUUGUAAGUUACCCAGCCCUCUGCUGCCUUUUUUCAUUCUUGAUUUUAUAAAAGAGGAAAGAAGUGAUAAUUAAGCCUGAUAAACUUUGAAUCAAAAUUAUCUUGAGGUUAGGACAUAGGAGUCCACAAAAGAUUGGAUAACAUUCUUCUUACUUUUAUUUGUCCCAUGUCAUGGUGACGUGGAAGGAUUAUGAGGCAGUCUUUGUGUUUCUUUGUGUAUUAGCUAUUGGCUACCAAGCCAGAGGUGGGCUGUAGAAUGUUGGCUGUGUGAAGUUCAUCUAGAAAUGGAGGAUAUGAUGAGAAUCGCCAGCUGAUGACCAUUCUCUCCUCUUCAUUGUGAAGGUCAACUUUAGAUUUCUAAGUAAUAAAGUUUCGGACUUUUUAUCCUCUCGUAACAAUUUCCUCAUCUUGAAAAUCUUAGCCCAAGUUACCAUAAUAAGUUCUGUAUGACAGCCUUCCUCUUUCCUACAAGGAAAAUGUUCUUGAAAUCUUACCAAGACCAGAAGUUUAGAGUCUUGACAGAGUCUUGCUCAUAUGCCAGUACUUUGUUCUCAAGCAGACCUGAUUUGGAUAGGACCGGUUUAGAAAUGAGCAACUUGGUGAAGGCUAUAGAUUCUCCUGAUCAGUGCAGAAUUAUUAUUUGCCAUUUGCUUUCUGAAAGAGUUACAAAAAUCAGAGCAAAUGUCUUUAAGCAGACUCAGCUUCUUUUACUAUUUUUCUCUUGGCACACUCCUUUGGCCCCCCGAAUCGCUGUGGUUCUACAGCAGCUCUACUCUGUGCAUCAUGCGAGGAAGCUUCCUUUUUGGGAGCAUAUGUUUGGCAGCAAAGCUGUAGAGACAGGUGCAUUCAGAACAGCCUGGGCACCAAUCAUAAGUCUCCCCGAGUGUCAGAAUCAGAAUACACUUGAUGAGAACCAAAUGUGUUCCAUCUGAAAACCUCUCUGUGGAGCUAUCAGCCUCUUGGACUCUUCUUCCUAGAUGAAGGUUUGCCUUUUCCUUCCUGCCACAGGAAAAGCUGAUGAAAGCCAUCACUGAUCCUCACUGCUGAGUGGCAGGGAGAGGUGGUACCACCCCCCCACUCAUCUCUGAUCUUGUAACUUAGCACUGCAAGUCUCUAAGCUGUUAGCAUGGGUGUUCUUUCCCCACUGGAGCUAUAAGCAGAUGAAGCCAAGUCUAGAAGCCAGAUCUUGGAAGGAGAGAUCCACUCAGGCUAGCGGACGUUGGGGCCCGGAAGCCAGAUCGGCAAGUGGACGAACAUCGGAGCUGAUCAGGAAGUGCUCCAUGGCUUGCACAGGCUGUAAGUAGUAGCGGUCUUAGCGGUGCAUGAUUUGAUCUAGUAGGAGGUGGCAAAGCUACCGUUUUCUGAAAGUGAGAAGCCAUUCUUAACUCCAACCAUCCCUUUAGAGAACUUUUGGCAGAUUUUGUUGGCAAUAUUGAAACAUCUAGAAAAAACUGCUGACUGAAUUGGUUAUGGGAAUGGAGUUUAAUGACAUGUGUGAUUUAUUACCCUCCCACUGCUUCUAAUUGAUUAUAGUAUUGUCUGACUUUAUUCUGGUUCCUUCAUCAGAAAGUACUUCUCUUGCAUAUAUUGAAGUGUUUUUCCAGCUAUGAAUUCUUUAGGAUAGAGAUUUAUUUACCAAAUGUGAAUUCUUUUGAGGAAGUAUGAAGUUUUGUAGAAAUUGACUGUGAAAUGUCAGAAAAAUAAAAGUCACUUACUUGAAAACUAUUUGGCCUUUAUACUUUAUAACUUCCAAAAAAUACUAAGUGAAGUCUAGAGUAAAGAAUUGAUUGACAUUUCAAAUGUAUGUGCGCGUGUCAUUUGGGAACUGUAGGCAGAUGAGCAGUCCAGGGCCCCUUAGAGUCUUGGAGGUGUAGAUCGGGCAGCUGGGCGGAGUGACAGGAGAAUGUAAUCCAGAGAUUCUGCUAUCUAAUCUGACAUUUUCAUGAGUAGCAUUUGUCUGCUGGGAUCAGCUAACAUCCCAUUGAGUUCUCCACAACAGAGACGUUGUCCUUAGCAAGUGUAUCAACAAGCCUUUCCCCAGGCUUCUUAGGUGUUGACCCUAAAAUGUAUGGAGACCUCCCAGCUCUCCAGCCCAAGUUAAGACACCCAUCCCCACAAUUGUAAGACACCAAAGAAAAAAAUUUUCCUCAUUUAAAGGCCUGGAAGUUUGCUAUAAUCUAAUUCCCAACAGCAUUAUUUCUGCCCUGCACUAUUUUCUAAUUGACUUUUUCAACGUAUGGCUGUAAGUCCACUAAACUGAAAUUUUAAAGUGAGUAAAUGGCUAGAGAAGGCCUCUCCUGAAAUAAAGACCAGUUCCUCCAUAAUGAAAGGUGAAGGCGCACACGAGUGCGCCUGAGUGGGUGCUGCAGGCUCAGAAGAGCCACCACUUCAGCCUGCGCCUGGGCCCUCGCACGCUCCUGCACCUGUCCACCUGGACACCUCUUUGCAAACAAAACAGUGUGUUUAAUCCACCUUAUUUAUGGCAUCGCUGCAGACUGUAGUCUGGUGCGAUGGGGUCU